CACCUCACAAUCGCACACACCCUGCGCUUUUUGUUUUGGUUGAUGAGUAAUCUUUAGGAAACUCCGUCAUACUUUGUAAUUGAAUCUUAAAGUUAAGAACUGCUUAAACAUGGACUGGCUAUUUGGCAAGAAGAUCAGCCCCGAUGAGAUGCUGCGCAAGAAUCAGCGGGCGCUGAACAAAGCGAUGCGGGAUCUGGACCGCGAGCGGAUGAAAAUGGAGCAGCAGGAGAAGAAGAUCAUCGCGGAUAUCAAGAAGAUGGCCAAGGAGGGGCAAAUGGAUGCCGUGAAGAUCAUGGCCAAGGAUCUGGUGCGCACCCGGCGGUAUGCCAAGAAGUUCAUGCUGAUGAAGGCGAACAUCCAGGCGGUGUCCCUCAAAAUUCAGACGCUCAAGUCCCAGAACACAAUGGCACAGGCCAUGAAAGGUGUUACGAAGGCCAUGCAGAACAUGAACCGCCAGCUGAAUCUCCCGCAAAUCCAGAAGAUCCUGCAGGACUUCGAGAAGCAGUCGGAAAUGAUGGACAUGAAGGAGGAGAUGAUCAACGAUGCUAUCGAUGACGCCAUGGAGGACGAGGGCGACGAGGAGGAGACGGAUGCUGUUGUGUCCCAGGUGCUGGACGAACUGGGUCUGCAAUUGGGCGAACAGCUGGGCGACCUUCCUUCUGCCUCCGGUUCCCUUUCCAUAGCCGGCGGCGCUGGCGCCCAGAAAGCACAGGCUGUGGCCGCUGGUGGCAUUGGCGGCGGUGGAGCUGCCGGCGGAGGAGGAGCUGGUGGAGGCGGCGCUGGUGGUCCGGGAGCUCCGGGUGGCAGUGGUGCCUCAUCGCCCAUGUCCGAUGCCGAUGCGGAUCUGCAGGCGCGCCUGGAUAAGCUGCGCAAGGAUUAAGCCGAUCCUAAACUCCACUGCCUGUCCACCUUAUGUAAGAGCCACCACCCGUUUGUAUCUCCCAGAAGCGAAUGUUAUAUUAAAGAGAAUGCUUGUGAUUUUCGUUCCCUGCGUGUUUGAAAAAUCGAUGAGUAAAUACCAUUUACAAGCUAUAAUGGAAUUAACUAGGUGGUGCUGAAAUCGCACAGUCUAGUUACACAAAAAUUCGCAGUACUUGUUACUUUAGAGCUAUGCAAUAUUUGAUAUUUAAAAUAUUUACACAUUUCAUGCCUGUCUUCAAUAAAAUUAAGCAAAGGAAUUUCCAAAAUCUUUAGCUAAUUAGCAUAUACUUAUAUUCAGCUUUAACUAAAAA